ACUGAAUACUUCAUUUGUACAAGACCUUACCUAAUGAGUUAACACUUGCUUUGAUUUCUUUCCUCCUCUAAUAGAUGAGGCCAUCUAACAAACACGGCCAACUUCUGAGAACAUAACAGAAACAAGACCCGAUUCAAUGAAAAUACAACAACCAUCAUCAACACCACCAUGGGAGAGGUAGACCAAGUCUUUGUCCAAGCCCCAGAACACAGACCAAAAUCUUCAGUGAUCGUAGCUGAAGGCAUCCCUCUGAUCGAUCUCUCACCCAUAAACUACCAAGAAGAAAACACCAUCCCUGAUUCCACUGAAGGUCUAGUUAAAGAAAUAGGCAGAGCAUGUAAGGUGUGGGGUUUUUUUCAGGUGAUCAAUCACAAGGUUCCAUUGGAUAAGCUGCAGAGGAUUCAAGAAGCUGCAAGGAAGUUUUUUGCACUUGGUUUGGAGGAGAAGCUGAAGGUGAGAAGGGAUUCAGUUAACGUGCUUGGGUACUUUGAAGCAGAGCAUACCAAGAAUGUUAGGGACUGGAAGGAGAUUUAUGAUUUCAAUGUGCAGCAACCCACUUUUGUACCACCCUCACUUGAGGAAGAUGAUGAGCAAAAUGUUCAGUUCAAAUGGGAUAACCGGUGGCCUCAAAAUCCACCUGAGUUCAGGGAAGCAUGCCAAGAAUAUGCAGGGGAAGUGGAGAAACUAGCUUACAAGUUGAUGGAACUUAUUGCACUGAGCUUAGGCUUAGAACCAAAACGGUUCCGCAGUUUCUUCAAACAUAAUACCAGCAAUAUCCGGCUCAACCAUUAUCCACCUUGCCCCUACCCUCAUUUGGCUCUUGGUCUUGGACGUCACAAGGACACUGGUGUGUUGACUGUGCUUGCUCAAGAUGAUGUUGGUGGUCUAGAAGUUAGAAGAAAAUCAGAUGGAGAGUGGAUUCGAGUGAAGCCCAUUUUCAAUUCCUUCAUCAUUAAUGUUGGUGACAUGAUUCAGGUUUGGAGUAAUGACGCUUAUGAGAGUGUAGAGCACAGAGUCAUGGUGAACUCUGAGAAGGAUAGGUUUUCCAUUCCAUUCUUUCUGAAGCCUGCACUCUACACUGAUGUCAAGCCAUUAGAAGAGUUGACAGAUGAUAAACACCCUCCAAUAUAUAGAGCAAUUAACUGGGGCCAGUUCCGCACCGCCAGAAUGCGAAGUAAUUUUGCUAAAUCCAAUGUUGAAAACAUCCAAAUUUAUCAUUUCAAGCUUCCCCAGUAAAAGAGUUAGAGUCCAUGAAUCAAAGACUGAUAAAUGUGUAAACUUUGGGAGUUUCUAUUGUAAAUACUAAAUAACCUCACAGAACCAUAUUUCAGGAUAAUAUUAUCUAUCCAUCAUAUAGAAUAAGUUUUGAUACUUA